CUUCCGUCCAACGCAGGACUGACCGAUUGCACCUCUGCUGGCAGAAUGAGUUUGUGGCUCAACAGGUUCACCGAUUCCUCCUCGUCCCGCGAGCCCACACCCGCCCCGCCCGCCAACAGAACAUCGUCUCCCGUUCCGCGACGUGGCAUACAGCUAGGCCCCAGCACCAGCCUGCCCCGACGACCUGGUAUUCAACCGAGAUCAUCCUCACUUUCAGUCUCCUCGCUCGCAGGAUCGACAGACAGUCUUCCAGCGGCGGCGAGAGUACCCAAUGGCACAAAUCUGAAGAGUCAGCUUGCAGCAGGACCGUCUCCGGAUGUGUCUGAUACCAUAGAUGUGCUGGCACGAAUUCUGGGGUCCAUCGAGGAUGUUGGGGAGGACGAUAGCAACGACUACCAAGCGACCGCGGCGGAGAUCGAAUUUGGCGACUUGAGUCUAGAGGACUUUGCUAGUGUCCAGACAGGUUCGGUGCCUGCUCGAGACAAUGGCGCAAAGGAGCAUGCUGUGGUACUGGACGUCGAGAAGGUGAAGGAGCGAUUUGAAGAUCUACACAAAUCCAUUGUAGCCUGCGAUGAAGUUCUGAAAUCUGUCGAGUCCUACCUUACCAGCUUUCAAGCAGAGUUGGCCUCCGUAUCCGCCGAAAUCGAAACAUUACAGAACCGUUCCAUGUCAUUGAACAAUAAGCUCAACAACAGGAAGGCAGUAGAAAAAGUGCUGGGACCAGAAGUUGAAGCGUUCAGCAUACCACCCGGAGUCGUUAGGAAGAUCACAGAAGGUGCCGUGGAUGACCAAUGGCUUAAAGCAUUGCAGGAGCUCGAGAAGCGGUCCAAGGCUAUUGACGCGAAACUCAAGGAGGGCAAAGAUAUCAAAGCCGCGCAAGAUAUCAGACCAUUCCUCAAUGACGUCUCUACAAAAGCAGUCGAGCGAAUACGAGAUUACGUGGUUGCGCAAAUCAAGGCCCUUCGGUCGCCCAGCAUCAACGCUCAAGUCAUACAACAAAACAGCUUUCUCAAAUACAAAGACGUGUUCGCGUUUCUGACUCGGCAACAACCACAACUUUCUGAGGAAAUCUCCCAAGCAUAUAUCAACACUAUGCGCUGGUACUAUCUGCACAACUUCACGCGAUACAGGACUGCACUGGAGAAGCUGAACGUCCACAUCAUCGAUCAGACAGAAACCAUUGCAGCUGAUAGUGGAGUGAAGCGAGGCCUCAAGAGUGCUGCACCUCAUGAUGCAUUCUCGCUUGGUCGUCGAAAAGACAUCUUGCGCAGUGGCAACGACUCUGCCUUGCCUUCCUUCGCAGCAGAAGAUGACAAAGGCACGCACUAUCUGGAAGUGCCAUUUCGAACUUUGAACUUGGCUCUGAUCGACAACGCUUGUGCCGAGUACUCAUUCCUCACUGAGUUCUUCUACAAGCAGCCCUUCCAAGCCAAUAAUCGGAGGUUUAAUGAAAUAUUCCAACCUACAUUCGACCUCGGUCUGUCUCUGACGAAACAGCUGAUUGAAAGUUCCUUUGACGCCCUGGGUGUGCUGACCUGCGUCCGUCUAUCUCAACAUUUCGCCUUCGAAUUGCAACGCCGAAAAGUCCCAGUCGCCGAAACCUAUGUCAACGGCACCAGCAUGCUACUGUGGCCACGCUUCCAACAAAUCAUCGACGCCCACUGCGACUCAAUUCGCAAAACCACAGCUUCACUCUCCGGCAAGCCUGCCGGGUCAGCGCUUAGCCUGACCAGCUCAGCUGGCACAGCACAAACUACAGCGCCUCACCCGAUCACGCAACGCUUCGCCAACUUUCUGCAGGGCAUUCUAGCGCUGAGCGGUGAAGCGGGCGACGAUGAGCCACUUUCCAACAGUUUGGUCAGACUGCGGAAUGAAUACGAGACCUUCUUGGUGAAACUUAGCAAAGGCAUUGCGGAGGCGAGGAAGCGGGAGAGGUUUUUGUAUAACAAUUACUCCCUGGUUUGUACGAUUAUUGGGGAUACUGAGGGUAAACUAGCCGAUGACAUUAGGGAGCACUUCACGGAUCUGAGAGAUGCGUUGGGGAUAGAUACGUAG